AUGUCUGCCACCGCUACCACCACUGAAACCGCACAAUUGCAAGUCAACUCUACCCCAGUGUCUCACGCCCUUUCCGACGUCGUCAAGACCGAGGACUGGUCCGACUUCAAGUUCGCUCCAAUCCGUGAGUCCACGGUGUCGCGCGCCAUGACCUCCCGCUAUUUCAAGGACCUCGACAAGUUCGCCGUCAGCGACGUGGUCAUUGUCGGUGCCGGAUCCUCCGGUCUUUCUGCCGCUUACGUGAUCGCUAAGAACAGACCAGACCUAAAGAUCGCCAUCAUCGAGGCCAACGUUGCCCCAGGUGGUGGCGCCUGGCUGGGAGGCCAGCUUUUCAGCGCCAUGAUCAUGCGUAAGCCUACCCACUUGUUCCUCCAGGAGCUGGACAUUCCUUACGAGGACGAAGGCGACUACGUCGUGGUCAAGCACGCCGCCCUAUUCACCUCUACCGUGCUAAGCAAAGUGUUGCAAUUCCCUAACGUUAAGCUCUUCAACGCCACUGCCGUCGAGGACUUGGUCACCAGACCUGCCGGUAACGGUGCUGUCAACGUCGCCGGUGUCGUCACCAACUGGACUUUGGUCUCCAUGGCCCACGACCUGCAAAGUUGUAUGGACCCUAACGUCAUCGAGCUAAGUGGCUACAAAGACGACGGUUCCAGAGACCCAAGCAAGAAGCACGGUGUCAUCCUAUCCACCACCGGCCACGACGGUCCAUUUGGUGCUUUUUCUGCCAAGAGAAUUGUUUCCAUCGACAACAACAAGAAGUUGGGUGGUAUGAAGGGUCUAGACAUGAACAACGCUGAAGCCGGUGUCGUCAAGCACUCCGGCUCUUACACCGGUGUCGGUUCUAUGUACUUUGCCGGUAUGGAAGUUGCCGAAUUGGAAGGUUGCAACAGAAUGGGCCCAACUUUCGGUGCCAUGGCCGUCAGCGGUAUCAAGGCUGCUGAGGAAAUUUUGAAGCACUUUGCCGCUUAA